AUGGCUGUUGAAAAGACCCCCGAGUUCCUGGCCGCUAUUGAAUCGAGCCGGAAACUCCUCGCCAAACCAACAGACGACGAGCUGCUGAUGCUCUACGCUCUGUUCAAACAAGGCAUGCAAGACCCUCCGUUCGAGAGUGCCCCGGCCCCAGGAACUUUUGAUUUCAAGGGCAAAUACAAAUACAACAAGUGGAAGAGCAUCGUCGAUGACAACAUUAGCCCUGAGGAGGCGCAGACGAGAUAUGUCGAUUUGAUCGAGAAAUUGAAGGCCAAGUACGGCUAUGAUGAGUCCAAGGAACCAGAGCAGGUUGGAAAAUAA